CAAAGCGACGUCCAUUACAGCCCAGUCAGCCAGCCACUUGUCAGAGGAGGCGUCGAAUCGAGCAGGCGACGAAAUGACUUCCUCGUCCAAGUAAACCCUGUCAAAUAUACAUCCACGACCAUCACAGCACUAUCACACAAGAACGAAGACGGAUCAUUCAAGCUCACCACAUCGACUGAUUUCUUUCCCGGAACAACGGCACCCAGGGCUUCGCAGCGCGAUCGAAAGUUAUAUCGGCAGAUCGCAGAUCAGUUGUCGAUUAUUUAUCGACAUCUGAUUACCUUAAUUGUCCAAUAAACAUCCGUAUCCGGCGACAAAUUGCACACCAAGAUUCACGGGGAGAUAAGGAGAACUAUAGGAUGCGAGAGAUGUCUGCUUCGUCUAGUUCAUCGCAGUCAAGCGGGAUCCCUGGCAUACCAAGAGUGGGGGCAGUACGCUGUUACUGGGCCCUGCUCAAGCCCCGCUACGAUCCUAAUCCUGACCCCGGCAUCACCGUACCGCAGCUGGAGCUCGAAUUUGUCCAUUUCGACCCCAUCCUGGACGCUCACCUCUCGAAACAGAAAGGCUCAAUGAUGGCCAGGAGUGUAUUGGAGUUUAUACACCCCCAUGAACGAGAACAGGCGAGGAAGGACCUGCUGGGUGCGAUCAGUGCAGACGACUUGCAAGGGAGUGUGACUCGUGUGCGAUUUGCGAGAUUGUCUCAGAUUAGGACCCUCCUUGGAUGCCCUCCAGAGGAAAACGAGAUUCCGGCGGAUGCAGACGCCAUCGUCGAGGAUAACGAAUAUAUAAUAUUGGACCUCGUACUCAACUGGGUCGCCACGGGCCUCUUGCUGGCCUUCUUCCAUCCCAUCAAAGACAAAGAUCCAGUCGCCAACAACGACCCUAAACGAGCCAACGAGGAGUGGUCAAAUUGGUGUGGUACCAAGUUCAUGGGUGAUGAUCAAAUCGGGGCCCUCUGUCGCAAUGUCACUUACAACAUUCCUAUUGCACCCAGCACCCACCGUCCACCAGCUCGAGUCUUUCAGCUGCACCUGCUUCCUCCUGACCACAUGACUUACGCGCCUACCCAGUUGAUAUUUUCCUGGCCACCUGCACGUCCUGCUGGUGUUCCAGCUGGUCCAGAUGGCCUUUAUGACGCUUCAGAAUACUGUGAUAUGAUGAAGCAUGUCGACAUGGAUCCUUCUCAGCUCAAAGCCGGUCCUGGGGAACUACGCACAAAUUGCACAACGCGAUAUGGUGCUCAUCAUCUUGUGACGACUGAAGGUCUCCAUCGAACAGUGGCAAGUGUCUUUAUUCCCUACGGCAGGUUGAUCUUUGCAUGCUUUCAGACGAUAAAAGCGUAUGAAUUGCCGAGAAAUCAGAACAACUAUGCUAUGCAGGCCAACGAUUGGAGAAAAGGUCAUACCCACCAAUCUGUCGGAGAUAAAAUGGAUCCUGCCGCAAGCGAGCACUCAUCAAACGCCCCUAACCGUCAUACUGAGGCGCAAAAUCAGUUGCAGCACGCGUUGGCUCAAAGGCAUUCACAGUCAGAAGCCGCGCAACCGCAACACUCGGCCAUUGACUGGUCGACAGACUCAAGUCUUUUGCGCACCAGGCAAGGCAGCGGCAAUGACGAUUGGGAUAGUAGUGUCGCGUAUGAGCUAGGCAAUCUCGGUAUGGCAGUGCAUGAGCCUGGGUCACAGGCUGUUUCUAACAUGAGUCAACAUCAAGAGCAUCAAGCAGACGGGUCUCAUGCGGCAUCGUCUGGGGCUACGUAUUCUACAAACGCCCCCUCAUCAUCCUUCUACUCCUCUUCAGAGUAUGGCAAUCCCCUCUAUUCUGCCGUUUCUUCACAGACUCAGUCAUCUACAUCAGUAUCUUCAGCUGCUCAAAUGGCUUCUAUUCAAUCAUCUUCCUCAACAUCUUCCGCUACUGGCCAGCGACCUAUUCAUUCCCAAUCUUUGAAGGGAUCUAUAGCUCGCGCCGUACAGAGUGGUGCACCACCUCAGUCUUCUGGAAAAAGUAGCACGAGGCCUCUUGUAAGGCCACCAGGAGAUGUUGAGGCCUGCGUGAUGUGCGGCACGAAAGAAUCGCCUGAAUGGAGGAAAAACACAAACGGCGUGAAGGAUCUGUGUAAUGCAUGCGGUCUGCGAAUGGCAAGGCAGGUUGCGAAGCGUGACGGAAAACAGAAACCGAGGAAGAAGCGCGAACAGGGAAACACGCCGUCCAGGGGGGAGAGUGUGACCAAGGAUAGUUAUGGGAUAUCUGGGAAGAUGUAAGAUGCCAGGGGGAAAAUUAUGUGUGCGUUGUCAAUACAAUCAUGUGAAAAGGAAGAGAGCAGAACGUUCUACUUCUACACGUCGAUUGGAACAGUAGUUAUUUUAAAUUGGGCUUUUAGUGUCGAUAUUUUCUUUGCAUAAUCUUUGUGUAAUAGUAGAUCAUUUAUCGUAGCAUGUAGGCAGAUUCAAAUGCAUUAUAGCAUGGC